CGGGACUUAGGUGGCCAGGCCUGAAGGACGUGGGGACACGGGCCAGAGCGACGGGCCCCACAAGCGGACAGGAGCAAACCCCAGCCGGGCCGAGCAACCCCCAGGAUGGCGGAAGCGCACCAGGCUGUGGCCUUCCAGUUCACGGUGACCCCAGAGGGGGUCGACUUCCGGCUCAGUCGGGAGGCCCUGAAACACAUCUACCUGUCCGGGAUCAACUCCUGGAAGAAACGCCUGAUCCGCAUCAAGAAUGGCAUCCUCAGGGGCGUGUACCCUGGCAGCCCCACCAGCUGGCUGGUCGUCGUCAUGGCAACAGUGGGUUCCUCCUACUGCAACGUGGACCUCUCCAUGGGGCUGGUCUGUUAUAUCCAGAGAUGGCUUCCUGAGGGAUGUGGCCCCUACCGGACCCCGCAGACCCGGGCACUGCUCAGCAUGGCCAUCUUCUCCACGGGGGUCUGGAUGAUGGGCAUCUUCUUCUUCCGCCAAGCCCUGAAACUGCUGCUCUCCUACCACGGUUGGAUGUUUGAGAUGCACGGCCAGACCAGCCACUUCACCAAAGUCUGGGCUAUCUGUGUCCGCCUUCUGUCCAGCCGGCGGCCCAUGCUCUACAGCUUCCAGACAUCUCUGCCCAAGCUGCCCCUGCCAAGUGUGCCAGCCACAAUUCACCGGUACCUAGACUCCGUGCACCACUUACUGGGCGAUGAGGAAUAUUAUCGAAUGGAGACGCUGGCCAAGGAAUUCCAGGAGAAGACUGCCCCCAGGCUGCAGAAGUACCUGGUACUCAAGUCAUGGUGGGCAACCAACUAUGUGAGCGACUGGUGGGAAGAGUACGUCUACCUUCGAGGCAGGAACCCCCUCAUGGUGAAUAGCAACUAUUACGUCAUGGACUUAGUGCUCGUCAGGAACACAGAUGUGCAGGCAGCCCGCCUGGGAAACGCUGUCCACGCCAUGAUCACGUAUCGCCGUAAACUGGACCGUGAAGAGAUCAAGCCUGUGAUGGCGCUGGGCAUCGUGCCCAUGUGCUCCUACCAGAUGGAGAGGAUGUUCAACACCACUCGGAUCCCGGGAAAGGACACAGACGUGCUGCAGCACCUCACAGACAGCAGGCACGUGGCCGUCUACCACAAGGGCCGCUUCUUCAAGGUGUGGCUCUACGAGGGCUCCCGCCUGCUCAAGCCUCGGGACCUGGAGAUGCAAUUCCAAAGGAUCCUGGACGACCCCUCCCCACCCCAGCCUGGGGAGGAGAGACUGGCGGCCCUCACCGCCGGGGGCAGAGUGGAGUGGGCGCAGGCACGCCGGGCCUUCUUCAGCUCCGGCAAGAACAGGGCUGCCCUGGACGCCAUCGAGCGCGCCGCGUUCUUUGUGGCCCUGGAUGAGGAGCUUCACCACUACGACCCCGAGGACGAGGCCAGCCUCAGCCUGUACGGCAAGGCCCUGCUGCACGGCAACUGCUACAACAGGUGGUUCGACAAAUCCUUCACUCUCAUCGCUUUCAAGAAUGGCCAGCUGGGCCUCAACACAGAACACGCGUGGGCAGACGCCCCCAUCAUAGGGCAUCUCUGGGAGUUUGUCCUGGGCACCGACACCUUCCACCUGGGCUACGCAGAGACUGGGCACUGUCUGGGCAAACCCAACCCUGUGCUGGCCCCCCCUCAGAGGCUGCAGUGGGACAUUCCUGAGCAGUGCCAGGCGGUCAUCGAGAGCUCCUACCAGGUGGCCAAGGCGCUGGCAGACGACGUGGAGUUGUACUGCUUCCAGUUCUUGCCCUUUGGCAAAGGCCUCAUCAAGAAGUGCCGGACCAGCCCCGAUGCCUUCGUGCAGGUCGCCCUGCAGCUGGCGCAUUUCCGGGACAGGGGCAAGUUCUGCCUGACCUAUGAAGCCUCGAUGACUAGAAUGUUCCGGGAAGGACGGACAGAGACCGUACGUUCCUGCACCCUGGAGUCCACAGCCUUCGUUCAGGCCAUGGUUCAGGGGCGCCACAUGAAAGCAGACCUCCAAGCUCUGUUCCGGAAAGCUGCUGAGAAGCACCAGAACAUGUACCGCCUGGCCAUGACAGGGGCUGGGAUUGACAGGCACCUCUUCUGCCUUUAUGUGGUCUCCAAGUACCUGGGGGUCAGCUCCCCUUUCCUGGCUGAGGUGCUCUCAGAACCCUGGUGCCUCUCCACCAGCCAGAUCCCUCAAUUCCAGAUCCGCAUGUUUGACCCAAACAAGUAUCCCAAUCACCUGGGUGCCGGCGGAGGCUUUGGCCCUGUAGCUGAUGACGGCUACGGGGUUUCCUACAUGAUCGCAGGUGAGAACACCAUCUUCUUCCACGUCUCCAGCAAGUUCUCAAGCUCAGAGACGAACGCCCAGCGCUUUGGGAACCACAUCCGCCAAGCUCUGCUGGACAUCGCUGAUCUUUUCCAAGUUCCCAAGGCUGACAGCUAAGGACUAGAGAAAUGGCCAGCUGCCCUUCUGCCCCUACAUUGUGGAGGAAGGGGCCCGAGGCCGGCUUGCAGGCACAGGGUGGCCGGACACAGGUGCCCAGGCUCCAAGGACACCUCUAGAAGCAGGUGCUCCCUGGGCAGACAUUGCUCCUUGAGGGCUCAAGUGUUGGAGGUAGGGCUGGCGCAGGGCGAGAAUCUUGAUUUUUUUUUUUCUUGCUAGAUGCUAAUAAAAAUACGGCUGUAU